CCUGUGCUGGGUUUUUUAAAUUAAAAUAAUAAAAUAAGUGUGGUUAUGUUAUUAGGUAAUGCAUGUUUUGUGCUAUGUGAUAAUACUCUAUACGUCAGUUACAUGGACGUAUAAAUGUCCACAAGUAUUUUUUGUAAUUUGCAUUGAAUAUUUUUUAGCACACUUGUCAAAUUUUAAUCAAAUAAAAUUGUUAAUCAAAAUUCUAGUACGUAUUGAGUAAAUAGCUUAAAAAUUAUAAAAAUGUCUGCUAUCAAACGAAGUUAUAGCAAUGAUCAUCUUAAAGAUAAUGAGCCUUUAGCUAAAAAGUCUCGUGAUGUGGAACCACUCACUGCCGAACAACGAAUCCUUGAAUUAAUUAAAGCAUCUGGUAAUAAAGGAGUAUCUGAUGACGACCUCAUCAAAGCUUGUCCAGUAUUGACUAUUGAAGAACGUGUAGAUAAUGUUAACAAGCUUAUAACAUCUAACUCAAUCACUCUCCAUAAGGUAAAAGAUACACUUAGAUAUAAAUAUAAAGGGUCAUCAUGUGCAACACCCGGUGAUGCUAAUGCAGAAGAGUUAGUGGUAUUUAAUUUGAUACGUGACUCUGGACGAAAAGGAAUAUGGAUACGUGAUGUGCGUAUUAAAUCAAAUCUAGGUCUACCACGUUUAAAAAAAAUUUUGAAGUCUUUAGAAGCAAAGAAAUCUAUCAAAGCCGUCAAAUCUGUAGCUGCUAGCCGUAAAAUUGUGUAUAUGUUGUAUGAUCUUGAACCAGAUAGUUCAAUUACUGGUGGAGCUUGGUAUUCAAAUCAGGAAUUUGAAUCAGAAUUUAUUGAAAUAUUAACAAAACAUAGUUACAAGUUUUUAGAAGCUAAAAAAGCCAAAGUUUUAAAAAACACUAGUGUAAAAAGUCCUUUAAUUAAGUAUAAUACAACAUAUGCUACUGCUGAUCGUGUUUUGGAAUUCAUUUCAAAAACUGGAAUUAGUAAAGUAAGAUUGUCAAUUGAAGAUAUCACAUCAAUUCUUGAUUUGUUGGUUUAUGAUGGUUUGGUUUCAAAGAGGUUGAAUAGUGAAGGCAUUGUAGAAUACCGAUCAACUAAGUCUCUUGUUAAAAGAAAUGCAGUAAGUUUUAUACCUUGUGGUAGUUGCCCAGUUAUUAAACGAUGUUCUGAUGCUAAUCAAUUGAAUUCCUUAAAUUGUAAGCAUAUGAAAAAUUGGACAACAAUUUAAAUUAUUUAUUUUAUAAUUGUUUUAAUUUGUAUAUAUAUUUUUUAAUUAAAAUUUUACAACUGAAAAAUAUCAAAUAUACUCAUUUUUAUUUAUUAUUAUGAACAUAA